UGGCGACGAGCCAAGCCACGACGCACCAUCAAUGGGAGAUCUGACGAAGGAGGAGAAGAAGGCUCGCAAGGCCGAGAAGGCGAAGAAGCUCGCGGCGGCCGAGGCGGCGCCGGCGGUGGACGAGGCGGCGGCCGCCAAGGCAGAAAAGAAGGCGAAGAAGGAGGCCAAGGCCGCCAAGGAGGCGGCGGCCGCGGGCGGCGACAAGAAGGAGAAGAAGAAGAAGCGUGAGAAGGAGGAGGAGCCGGCCGCCGAGGAGCCGCCGGCCAAGAAGGAGAAGAAGGAGAAGAAGGAGAAGAAGGAGAAAAAGGCCAAGGCGGAGGAGGCCGCGGAGGAGGCCGCGCCGGCGACGUCGGCCGCCACGCCCGCCGCCGAGGGGGAGGGCGGCCGCGUCUUCCUGGGCAACCUCCCGUGGUCGGUGACCGACGAGCAGAUCAAGGAGGUCUUUGCCAAGUGCGGCGAGAUCACGAAGAUCGAGUGGCUCACGCACGCGGACUCGGGCAAGUUCAAGGGCGCCGGCUUCCUCCAGUUCGCCUCCGCCGCCGCCGCGGACGCGGCCACCAAGCUCAACGGAAACGACCUCGACGGCCGGGCGAUGAAGGUUGAGAUUGCGACGGCAAAGAAGGAGCGCGCGGGCGGCGCGGCGGGCAACAGCGACCCGGGCGAGCCGUCCAACUCGAUCUUCCUGGGCAAUCUUGCCUGGAACAUCGAGGAGGAGACCGUGCGCGCCGCCUUCAAGGACUGCGGCGCCAUCUCCCGCAUCAAGUGGGUGGAGAAGGACGGCGAGUUCCGCGGCAUCGCCUUCAUCGACUUCGAGUCGGUCGAGGCGGCGACCAAGGCGGUGGCGCUCAACGGCGUCGACCUGGGCGGGCGGCCGGCGCGCAUCAACUUCUCCAAGCCGCGCGAGCCGCGGCCAGCCGACCCGAACAAGCCGCAGCGCACCUACAAGCCGCAGAAGGAGAAGCCGGAAGGCUGCGUCGAGCUCUUCAUCGGCAACCUGCCGUGGUCGAUCGACGACGACAAGAUCACGAACUUCUUCAAGUCGGCGGGCACCGUGACGAACGUGCGGUGGCUCAACGACCGCGAGACGCAGGAGUUCAAGGGCGUCGGCUUCGUCACCUUCAGCUCGACGGAGGAGGUCGACAAGGCGGUCGAGCUCGCGGGCGAGUCCAUCGACGGCCGGCAGAUCCGCAUCGACUACGCGGGCCAGAAGAAGGAGGGCAACGGCGGCGGCAACCCGUGGCAGAAGAAGUGGUGAGCUGCCUCCGGGGGCGGUACGCGGAUGGGUGCGGCGUGACGCGACUCUGCCCACGGCGGGAGUGAGUCAGCGAGGCCCUGCCGGCGCGGCAUCCGCCCGCCUGUGCGCGCCGUUUCUCCCCCGGCGAUGUCGGGACUCUGCACAUCGACUCUGUUUUAUGUGUUUUGUGUGUGCGCCGCACGAGAGAGUUAUUGAGCGAUGCCGAUGGGCCGAGUUGAGUCUAUGUGCGCGGCCACAGAGCUU